AUGGAGCAGAGGUUCUACAACAGCCCCAUUGCGUUUUGUAUCCUUCUCGGGACAACCUUCUUCAUCUACGUCGGAUGCAUAGGUCCAUAUAGCACUGGCACCAUCACGACCCUUCAACGGCAGUUUCUCUUCAAGAGCUCCGAAAUUGGCGUCCUCAUCUCGGUCAAUGACAUCGUCGCGAUGGUGACGGUCACGCUGACGGCUUAUUUUGGCGCCAGUCGUCACCGCCCACGCAUUAUGGGAUGGUUCACGUUCAUAUUCGCGGUGGGUUGUGUCGUCAGCACCAUACCGCAGUGGGUUGAAGAGAGUGCGUUCCAGAAUCUCACCGCCAACGCCAAUUCAUCCGACAGCGGCAACUUCAUGUGUGACGUCACCAAGGUUCCAGAAGAUACAUGUUCUGAAAAAGAGAAAGAGGAGUCAGGAGCUCAGCACCUGAAAGCCCUUUGGUUGUACCUCGGUCAAGCAUUGUUUGGACUAGCUUCUUCUGCACAUCUAUCUUUGGGAAUUAGCUAUCUUGACGAUGGUGUACCUAGAAAUAAGGCUCCUUUAUAUGUUGCGGCCAUUCUCGUCGUGACAUCUUUGGGAGCAUUCAUCGCUUUUGGCCUAAGUGCCUUCAGCCUGUCUUUCCAUACGGAUUUCUAUAAGAUCAACGUUGAUGAACUUGGUUACGAUGACAGAGAUCCAAGGUGGAUAGGGGCAUGGUGGCUCGGAUAUCUCGUCUAUGCUGGACUAUUCGUUCUUCUCGCUUUACCAUACUUCCUAUUCCCUAAGAAGUGGCCACUGCAGUUGAAAGAGGAUGAAAUUGAGCUUCAAACAAAGCCUGAAACAAAUGAUCGUAAGAGCGUUUCUGCAGAUCAGGAGUGCCAAACGACAAUCAGUGGCGAUGCAGACGAAUUCGGGGUCGUUGUUCAAAAUAGAGUCGAAGGACCGGGACCUCAGCUGAACGUCGUGUCACAGAAGCCAAACGAUAAUAGGAAUGGGGUGGGUAACGGUUAUAACAAGUUCGACAACGAAACAAGCGAUGCUAAUGAUGAGAAAGAGAGCACUGGUGACGAUGAAGAUAAGGGGAAUCUCCCGAGUUUUGCCUCUGUUACAGGCUACCUCUCGGCAAUCCGACGCCUAUUCUUGAACUUCACGUUCAUGGCUCUUUUAAUGGGAUCAACCUGCUCUGUCGCAAACCUCAGCGGUUACUACACGUUCAUUGGUCGCUAUCUUCAGACUGCAUAUGACGUUACCCCUGCAGAUGUCUCCAUUAUAUUAUCUGCCGUGUCCACUCCAACCUCAGUCCUUGGUAUAAUGAUGUCUAGUGUCCUUAUCAACAGAAUAAACUUGAAGUUAAGAGGUCUAUUGAAUUUGGCGGCAAUAUGCAAGGGUAUCGCAGUAGCCUUUGUCUUGGGAAAUUUUGCCGUUUUCUGCGGCAAGGCUCUGAUAGCUGGUGUGACCACACCCUACCCUGGUACCAAUGAAAUCAGCUUGGAAACGGCUCCUACUUGUAUGGCUAAUUGUGAGUGCGAGAAAGGUGUUUAUACUCCAGUUUGUGGAUCUGACGGUCUUACCUACGUCACACCUUGUCACGCUGGUUGUACCGGGAUUCGUGAGAAUGAUCACGGAGAGACGGUCUAUACUAACUGCACCUGUGUGUCACCUACCUCUACCGCAAGCCCACUUUUUGAAGGACCCUUGACCGCCGUGAAGAACCAAUGCCCAAGAUUCUGUCGUGUCAAGAUCAUCGUUUUUAUCGUCCUGUAUUGCGUCUCAUCGUUUGCUCAGGCCUCGAUGGAAAACAGCGUAAUAAACUCAAAAUUAAGGGUCGUGGAGAACCGGGACAAGGCCUUAGCUCUGGCUCUUGGAAGCUUCUUCAAUAAAGUUCUGGCGUUCAUCCCUGCUCCUAUCUAUUUCGGCCUGGCAAUACAGUCAACAUGUGCAAUGUUCCAGGAAUCCUGCGGAGAGACUGGCAAUUGUCUCAUUUAUGAUACUGAUCGAUUCUCGACCAAUUUCUGGGGGUUAUUCUGUGGCUUGGGUGCUGCCACCGUGUUUUGUUACGCAGUUGCAUCUUUCUCCCUUCGUCGAAACGCAAAAGGGGAAUAUUACGCCCUCCAGCUGCAAUUCUUUAGGUCAAACUUCAAGAAUGAGAAUGAAGAAAAGGAGUAAUCAUGAAGAGGAAUGAUCCCAAAGACAUGCAUCUGCAAUUCUAUCCUAUGGUGUUGGGCUGUGAUAAAUUGUAUUGGGAACAGGCACCAUUCAGGCUACAUCACAUUGG